GGCCCGCGGGAAGUGGCGUCCGGCCGCAUCCGGGAGUGCAGAUCUGCCGGAGCGUGUUCCGUGCCCGGUGCGGCGCUUGCGGUGCGGCCAUGGCGGACUCCACGCAGAACGGGCCCAUGCCAGGCGGGGCCGGCGGCGGGGCCGUGCAAUUUCUGAUGGCUAACAAGUUGGAUACAGCAAUGUGGAUUUCCCGCUUGUUCACGGUUUACUGCUCAGCUUUAUUUGUCCUGCCUCUUCUAGGGUUGCACGAAGCAGCAAGCUUUUACCAGCGUGCCUUGCUGGCAAACGCUCUCACCAGUGCCCUCCGACUACACCAAAGGCUACCGCACUUCCAGCUGAGCAGGGCUUUUCUGGCUCAGGCUUUGCUGGAGGACAGCUGCCAUUACCUGUUGUACUCCCUUAUCUUUGUGAAUUCCUACCCUGUUACGAUGAGUAUUUUUCCAGUUCUGCUGUUCUCUUUGCUUCAUGCUGCCACAUACACAAAGAAGGUUCUUGAUGCACGAAGUUCAAAUAGUUUGCCCUUUUUGAGAAAUCUCUUAGAGAAACUGAGUGCUAAUCAACAGAAUAUUCUAAAAUUCAUUGCUUGCAAUGAAAUUUUCCUGAUGCCAGCUACAGUUUUUAUGCUCUUCAGUGGACAAGGGAGUCUGCUGCAGCCAUUCAUCUACUACAGGUUUCUUACAUUACGCUACUCCUCUCGGCGAAAUCCGUACUGUCGGACUCUCUUCACCGAGCUCAGGAUUGUUGUUGAACACUUAAUAACGAAGCCCUCGUGCCCUGUUUUUGUAAGAAGACUAUGCCUCAGUGGCAUUUCCUUUAUAAGCAGAUUGGCACCAACUGUUGCAUAGCCAAAUUCAGGCACUCGUGUUUUGUGAACAUUAUGAGCAGCUGGCACUUCUGCUGAUGAUUGAAAAUUCCUGGUUUUACACUGAUUUCACUCCAGGCUGUAUAAAAAUACAUAAAUGCUUUUCUUGGAGAUAAUAUGAAAUUUAGCAUAUCAAAAACAAAUAAUAGAAACUUAAAUUAACCAUGCUGUAUUGUUAAUUGAUGAAAAAAGUAGCUGCAUCCUACCUAAAGAUGCCCUAUCAUACGAGUUUGUUGUUUUGUUUUGUUUUUUAAAUCAAGAAUUGUUUGAGAUUGAUUGAAAAUUAUUAUAAGAGAUCUGUGCUCUCUAGGUUUAUGUUAGUUGGAACUAUAGCUACUUUAGGAUGUCUCCAGUGGAUAGCAGUUGAUACAUAUACCUAUGCAGUGCACUUUGGACAGUAUUCUUCUGCUUACUAAAUGUAUCUGUAGAACUAUUUUGUCCAAUUUGCUAGAUUCAGUGUGGAAAUAUGGCUCACUUUGAAGUUAACACAAGGGAUUAAAAUCUAUCCAGCUGACAGAGAUAACACUCCUUGGGAAGGAGAGGCUAUUUUUAUUAAUAAUACUUUAAAAGAACUCUCCCAUGUUUCUACCUUGUGACAUGAUCUUACGUUAUGCUGUUGGAAGAAAUACUGUUUUCUUGUCAUAACAAGUUGUUUUACCAAGCCAAACUGCUGACCUGUAGGAUUUUAAGACUAAGAUGCAAUGCUUAAACUUUUAACCAUGUCUCAAAUGAACUAAUCAAUGUUCAUGAAGUAACAUUUGCAGUCAUUGCAGAUUUGAUCUCGUGUCCACACAUAUGUGAGACUGCAGUAAUUGAAGCAUGUUAGCUUUUUAGAAAAUUAAUCUGUAGGUGGUACCUCUGUAUAAAUUGUUAUUCCAGUUUCUGAGACCCUCAUUGUGAUGAGAAGUUUGCAUAAAGAAUUGCACCUGUUUAGGCAGCUUCUGAAACAAAUGGGUGUAGGAUUUCUUGGCAUAAAUCCAUCUGAUGACUGAUCUGAAGCCAGUGUCAUGAUUACAGAAGUGAAUAUUAAAUUAAGUGCAUAAAUUAAUAACACUGGUUAUUCAUUCACCCAGCAGCUGAAGGGUAGGUCAUGGAAAAAUAAUACUGUGUGAACACAACUUCUUUCCAGAAAUUCAAGGGAAAAUAUUUGCUGAAUUUUCUGUAGUUAGUGUUAGUAUUCUAAUUGCAUAAAGUUAAAGAGCUUUCAUUGGCCUUUUGUAAAAUUCUGUAGCACUCAAAUAUUCUUCCACAGUCAGAGAAACUUUAUGAGGAAACAGUUUCAAAAACAGUCUUGAAGCAAAGCAUUUUGCUG